GUUGGGCGUUCUAGUCGGAGAUUGUUUAGGAAGCCCGUUCGAGGGAAAGAUUCGUCCAAAGGGUUUGUCAAUCCUCAAGAGACGCUCCUUGCAAAAGAGAAUCACUAAAUUGGAGGAACAGAAAUUCAGAGGUUAGGAUUUAAAGGGAUUGGUGCUGUUCUUCACGCAUUGUCGUUCUUUUAUCGUGUAUUCCUUGCUCGAAGAAUCGUUUCUGCAUCGCGAAGAGAAUACGGAAGAAAAAUUAUGCGUUCGCAUAAUGAAUUUGACAUAAUGAUUUUAAUGUGAGCUCAUUAUUGAUCCAAGCGUAAUAUUUUGCGCGUUCUUCUUUUCCUUGAGCCUGUCAUGCCGUAUACAGACGACUCGGCAAUGACACGAGCCUUGGCUGAGUCUUUGAUUGAUAAACGAGAUCUAGAUAUUGUUGAUGUAGCGAAACGAUUCGCGAGAAGUUAUCAAAACGAGCCUGAUCGUGGUUACGGAGCUGGUGCAGCGAGUGUACUUGAGAAAUUACUUACUGUGAAAGAAACAGAUAUAAAAGAGCCAGCGAAAACGCUAUUUGAUGGCCUAGGUUCUUACGGUAAUGGCGGUGCAAUGAGAAUUGCACCCAUGGCAUUAUUUUUGUAUAACAAUUAUGACCAUCUUUUACGAUACACCAAGGAAGUGACAGAAAUCACACAUACAAACAAGUUGGGGAUAAAUGGUGCUAUUUUACAAGCUAUAGCGAUUCAACAGAGCCUGUGUUUAAAUCCCAGUGAGGAAUUAAAUGUUUCCGAUUUUAUCGACAAUCUCAUCAGCAAAAUGGACAAAAUUGAGGUUGAUGGCCAGCCAUACAAGGAGCGACUGACUAUAGUAAAAAAUCUACUUUUUGAGGAUGAUACCUCAUGGACGAGUCCUUCUGAUGAAAAGGUGAUUCAGGAACUGGGUGUUGGCAUCAGGGCGAUAGAGUCGGUGCCGACUGCAAUCUUUUGCUUUUUGAGGGCGCAGAGACUCAUUAGAGGGAUACGGACUCAAAAUCCUCUCAGAAGGACGAUUCAGUACGCUAUCACUUUGAGCGGCGAUACAGAUACGAUUGCUAGUAUGGCUGGCGCGAUAGCGGGCGCAUUUCACGGCUACGAGAAGUUCAGUACACUGCUCUUGUCGCAUUGUGAGGCGUCCGAAGAAUUCCGAGAAUUUGCUGGCAAAUUGCUGGAUGUAGCAACGUCAAAUCCAUUAAAUAACUAAAUCAAUUUAAUAUACUUAUAUAAUGUAUAAUACUCGCGUAAUAAUAUUAGGUUGUUCAUUAA